UCGUCCCCGCCCCCAGCAACGGCCCUCGGCAACCGUCACUUCGGUCUUCCGGGUUCUCCUCAGAGCUGGGGCGGCUCCGGCCGCGGCCGCGGUUCCCCGGGGCCAGCGCUGAGGCGAUGGGGGCGCGGCCGGGGUAACCGCCUUUCUGCGGGCCCGAGGGCACGGAGGGCAGCCCUUGCCCGGGUGAUAGCGCUUCGCCGUUUCCCUUCAGCGCGGUCCCUGGGGCCGGGAGACGGUGUAUAACGGCGCUGAAAUCGGCACGUCGGUAAGAACGGGAGAGUUUAAGGCAAUGAGCCCGCUGGAGGGCAGCAGGCACUGAUGGAAAACUCGGUGAUACGGUGAGCACAUGAAUAGUGUGAGAGGACUCUUGGCUGCCUCUGUAAUUUCCGUCCAGAACUCCUGCUUCAUCUAUCCUGCCUGUCAAAAAUGCUUUUCUAGGCUGAUACUGGAUUCUAGGAGGUUUAACUGUGUAAAAUGUGGCUGCACAGGUGAAGCUAAAGAUGCAAGCUACAGAUAUAGAUUGUCCCUAAAGAUUGCUGACACUAAUGAUUUGUUUGACAUUACCGUGUUUGGAAGUUGCUUAGAUCCAUUCUUUGGGGUCACCGCAGAAAAUCUGCAGAGGUGUAUUCAAGACUUCAAUCAGCUGUCAGGAGAAACAAACACAGAUGCACCUCCAGGACUGUUAGUUCAAGCAGUGGAAACCUGUUUCAUUGGAAAAAGAUUUAUAUUUGGAGUGAAGGGUUGUGCAAGUGAAGAUGGAGGGCGUUCUGCUGUCAGCAGCAUCUUGCAAAACUGUUCCAGAAUUAAUAGAAGUACCAAAAAGCUUACAGCUUGCCAGAUCUUCCUGCCAAAUGCUGCUGUUACUGGCUUUACUGUUAUCAGCUACUUUGAUCAGCUCCUGCAGUUGGCAAAAUUCAGGAGCUGUAAUAACAGCUCAUACUUACCUGAUGCAUCUUCAGCUCCAAUAGAUGAACCUGUCAGUGAGCUCAGCAGCUUGUCUAGCCCGAGCAGAAACUCCUGUUUUGUUCAGUCUAGUGGCAGAGAAACUUUUUUAGGGUCCUGGCAGCAGUCCUUCAGCCUGACUUCAUCUGUUGCUUGGGUAACAGUGGAAGACUUUCCCACUCUGGAAGUGGGAAAGCUGGUGAGUGAACAGCAUGAACAAGAGGGGAGGCCUGUCUCUGCAGAAUCGUGCAGUGUAAGCCUCAACAAUCAAACUUUUUGGGAUUCACAGUUUUGUAGCUCUUCUGUGAAGGAAGGAAAUGAGGAGGAUAAUGAAUUGAGUUCACAACCUAGUCAGACUGACAGCGUCUCUGCAACUGAUAAAUUAGAGAGAGUAUCCUCUUCAAAGACAGAGUGUUUACAUGGAAACAGUUCCAAGUUGUUACAACAUCCCUUGGAAUUUGGGGUAAAAAGCAUCUACCCAAAGACUAAUAGUAGAAAUUAUUCUUACCCAGAAAAAUCCCACAACUCCUUUUUUUAUGAGAGAGAUGCCUCAGCAUCUAAUCACAUAAAUGUAGCUGGAGUGUCUCAGACGGACUCUAUGCUUUGGGAUGAGCUCCCAUUCUCAGAAAGCCUAAAUGAAUUUUUAGCCAGAAUAGAAGGUGGCAAGAGUGUUGUAACAUCACCCAGCCUUGAUGCAGGCAAACAGACCCUUCUUGAAAGUAGCAACUUGGGUGUAAAUCUUAACAAAUCGUAUCCCAGGCAAACCCUACUAGCUGCUGAUUUGCCUGAAGCGAGCAUCUCGGGGAGGUUCUUGCCACCAGCAGAGGAUGGUAGUUGGGAGAACAUACUGUUUGCUUGUCUUCAGUCGAAUGCAAAUCCUCCGAGUGAUGAGGUGUCACAAUGUGAGUCUUCCUCUAGUGUUUUAUCUUCAACUGACAAGGAAUGUGGAGCAUCUUGCUUUAUACCUAACCCUUGUCUACCUAUUCUGUCACAGUCCUUGCCAGUUACAUCAGAGCCUUCUGUUUCCAAGAGCAGAUAUGUGCAGCCCAAAGAAGCAAAUAUGGACAUUUCAAAGUCAUCUUGGUCUUUUAUUAGUUUGCAGUGUACUGCUGAACAUGGAGAAAACUCCUGCUUAAAAAGGAGCAAGGCAGCUACCUGUGUGUGUUCUGCACAUGAUAGCUGUUUAGCAGGCUGCGAAAAUAAAGAAAAUUCUUCUUCUACACCAAGCCAAAGAACAGAUCUUACAUUCACAGGGGCAUGGGACUCUGAUCCAACAACUCCCAGCAAUACAAGAAGGCUGUACAAAAGAGAAUUAAAACCAUUGACAGAACUGUCAGAAAAUACCUUCAAAAGUGUUAACAGGAGAGAGAUGCUGUGGAACAGUAUCUUCCCUGAAGGCAGCUACAAUGCUUCUGCUGAUCUCUUUGAUACAAGUGCAAGAGAGGUAGCAAAACCUGUAGAAUUCCUAAAUAAAUCAUGUAAUUCUUUAAUACAGGAAGAUACUUUGACAGAAAAGGUCACAGCUCCUGAAUUGGUGCUUUAUCCUGGAGAUGAUGUUCUCUGUAACAGUUCAAAACCGAGCUCAUCCCUACACAGGUCCCCUCCUGCUUUUAGUAAGCACAGUACACCAGUAACUUACUCCUUUUGUCCUUCAGAAUGCAAUUCAGUUAGCGCUCAAGACUUUGUUCCUUAUUUACAGUCGACUCCUGUGACAAAACCUUUCCAGAAACUGUGGCCUGUUGGGGAAAGCUCUUCUGUCACUAUCUUCACCCCCCAAAAUCCCACUAAAAUCCAUUCCAAAUGCAAGCGAUCUAGGUCUUCCUUUCAAAACACUCUGUUGCAGCAGCUUACUGGCAGGUUAGUGAAACGUGAAAGGCUGAGUAAUGGGGAAGACAAAGAAAGUCAUAGCUCUGUUUCACAGCAGUUCCUUAACAGCCAACCACCUGCCAACUUUGAGGAUUGGAUCCCUCCAUCUGCGAACAAAAGGUUGAAAUCAACUGGAUCUUUAAACUUAAAAACAGUUAGUUGGGCUGCUGACCUGCAGUUGACCUGUGGGCAUGCUGGCAGGAACCCUAUUUCUGAAAGCAAAGAGAACAGUGAAAAUGAUGUGUGCUUCCAAAAUGAGAGAUUAAACCCUGGGGAUACAGCCAGGAUUCUAACAACUCCUGUAUUUGCAGGUGUCACCAAGGCCUUGUUUUUAAACGAUACAGUCCUGGAAACUUGUUCUCCUUCAGAAGGCAAGAGUCUCCUCUCAAGUGCAAAUUAUUCAGGGGGUAUUUUAGAAGGGGCAGCUGGCUGGUCUCCUGAGUUGUUCUUCCAAGCACGGACCCCUUUUUCCAGUAAGCCAAAAUACUAAAAAACAGAUGGUCCUACUCUGUAUUCUUUUUAAUUAUCUUUAAGACUUUUGGGAAGGAGCCAGUAGAAGAAAAUAGCUAUUUAACAAUUACAUUGUUUAUACACCUAUUGGCAUAUGUCUUCCUAAGAUGAGUUACGUUUAUUUGCAGAUCUUUGUACCACAGAGACGGGGGAAAACAGGAUUUGGAGUUACUAUAUUUUAUUGUAAAUUAAGUCUAGAAUGUGCAAUAAAAACUUUUGUAAAUGUG